AUGAGCACAGAAACAGACAAGACAGAGAUGGUGAUGUGUCGGUUAAUAGAUCCCGAAGGAGUUCCUUUAGGCUCCCCUAUGUAUAUCCCUAAGCAAGCAGGGCCUUUGGAGCUUACCGAUCUAGCCAAUAAACUUCUCAACAAUGAUGAGAAUUUGGCCUACGCUUUCUAUGUUUCAGGCGAGGAACUUUGUGUGCCCGUUGGAGCUUACUUAGAGAAAAUAAAAGAUACCCCUUUGGUUGGCACUAUGAAAUCUAAUCUAUCUCUUCGUCCAUGUCCUGACGGUAAGCAGUUAGCAAGUGGUUCGAGUGAUAGUAUUGUCCGGCUCUGGGAUCUCAACACUCAGACUCCAAUGUUUACAUGCCGAGGGCACAUAAAUGCGGUUUUGUCGAUUGCAUGGUCUCCAGAUGGUAAUCACCUAGUGAGUGGUGCUGCAACUGGUGAAGUCUGUUGCUGGAUACCGAAAACCGGAGAGCUAGAUGGCAAUCCACUUACAGUAAAGGCCACAAGAAAUGGAUUACUAGUAUCGCGUGGGAACACGUCCACAAGGAUAUGGGACACUACACUAGGGAAAUCUCUAACUAACUGUUCUCAGUGGACAUACAUGUGUGUCUUGUGUCAAGUGGUGCGGGGAGGGAGUUAUAUAUACAUGCUCUCAAGAUGGUACAAUAAAGAUGUGGGAAGUUACUCAGGAGGGGGCUCUCUGUUUGAAGAGCCUACAAUUGAUGGUAAAAACCUCAUCUUUGAAGUUUUCUAUUCGCUUUGGAUGUUACCUCGGGGGCAUGUACAUCGAGUGGAAUCUCUUGCAUUGAGCACAGAAUAUGUUCUCCGGACAGGAGCCUUUGACCACACUGGAAAACAAUAUUCUUCACCUGAAGAAAUUAUAGAGGCGGCGCUCAAAAGAUACGAACAAGCAAAAGGAAAGUCGGGCGAAAGAUUAGUCUCGGUUCACUGUGACUAUACAAUGUUUCUUUGGGAAGGGGCGUUUAGCGAACACCUUACAUAA